UACACACACUCUCUCAGGCGGACACACACACACACACACACAGAAACACACACACACACACACGCUCACUCUUCAGGACUUGACCACAGCAACAACAGGGAAUCAAGUGAAACAGUCAGGACUACUUGUAAUGCUGUGUUUCGUGCUACAUUUGGAGGGAAAGAAGACUUUGCCCGAAACUUUUCUGUGUGGACUGAACCGUUUCAGAGGGACGUUUCUUUUCAUCACAGACUGGUCGGCCAAAUGAACGGUUCAGCCUGAGGACCAAAGAUCACAGGCCCUGGUCCACCAGCGGGGGGGAGAGAGAGAGAGAGAGAGAAGCGUGAUCGCCAUGAUCUAUUACACUAUGAGCUGGAUCUGAGGACGUGCUUCAUCGUUUCAUUUCGUGGUGGGAGGAAAUCAGAGUCACGGUCGCCAUGGAUGUGAAGAAAAGAGAAAUGGACCUCCUGAGCAACAGCUUAGCUGCAUAUGCACACAUCAAAGCCAACCCAGAGAGCUUCGGCCUUUACUUUGUGCUCGGCGUGUGUUUCGGCCUGGUGCUGACGCUCUGCCUCCUGGUCAUCCGCAUCUCCUGCAAGCCGCGCGCCAACGUGGCCCCCGCCACGCCCGAGAAAAAGCACUUGAAGGACAUCAGCGAGGAGGACGGGGAGAGCGAGGACGACGACGACGAAGACGGGGACGACGCCGAGGCGCCCAUCCCUUUGCCCAGCACAGAAAUCCCCGUCGGCAAUCACAGCGGCCAAUCGAACGGGACGCUGAGCGUGAACGUAUUUACUUCGGCCGAGGAGCUGGAACGGGCGCAGCGACUGGAGGAGAGGGAACGAAUCAUACGCGAGAUCUGGAGGAACGGCCAGCCGGAUAUCCUGGGGUCUGGAACGGGAACUAUCGGAAGAGUGCAUUACUACUAAGAUACACACGGCUUCAAGGGGAACUCUGAGAGCUCUGAGGAGGACAGACCUAUAUAGACCUUUGGGGGGGGGCGAUGUCCCUGAAGCCUGUAAGACUUGUGUUACAAUGCGACAUCAUGGAAGCAGGACGACAGUGAUGAGACGCUUUCAUAUGCCAAUACUCUGUGAUAUUGCACUUCCCAUGGAGCAAUGUUAUUUUCAACUGACAACAUGCGAUAUAAACCUAGAGGUGUCUUAAAGACUGACUGAUCCUGAUGGAAAAGAUGCAGUAUGAAUGUGGGAGCUGACAGACACUUGAAGUAUACAGUCUGUUAAAAUGUAUGGCGCUUAAUGACAUAAAUGCACACAGCUAGGCUUAUGUAUGUUAGAAGUGGAAAAUGAAAGCAUAGAAUGGGACAAUGUAUGUCGCAAUGAAGAAUUUUUUUAAGAUGCAGUGAGGACAAUUCCCCUCUAGACUAAGGUGAGUUUGUGGUCGAAAGAAAUCAAUCAGAUGAUGCAAUAUGAUGUAAAGACAAUUACAAUUGGAGUCUUUAAUUUAUGGGUACAUUAAAUCCAUGUCUGUAUUUUCAGGGAUAAUUCCACCAAAGCAAAAACAGAAUUAAAGUAUUACGCUUAAA